AUGGCGCGGUUAAAGUUACAACCUGUCACCUCAGCCUUCCUCCGGUUUGGGCUUUUUACUUUUGUCCUGUUUUUACAUGGUCUACAAGUAGAUGCUGGCACAGGGACAGAUUCACCAAGCAUAGGACAUAACGCCACAUGCUCAGGUUCUUCUGAGUGCAAGGAGGGUGUUAUCUUGCCAAUAUGGUAUCCAGAAAACCCAUCCCUGGGGGACAAAAUUGCCAGAGUUAUAGUUUACUUUGUAGCACUAAUCUACAUGUUUCUUGGAGUCUCUAUCAUUGCCGACCGUUUCAUGGCAUCCAUAGAAGUCAUUACAUCGCAAGAGAAAGAGAUUACAAUCAGGAAACCUAAUGGAGAAGCCAUCACCACCACCAUCCGAAUAUGGAAUGAAACUGUUUCCAAUUUGACCCUCAUGGCUCUUGGUUCCUCUGCCCCUGAGAUCCUUUUGUCAUUGAUAGAGGUAUGUGGUCAUGGAUUCAUUGCUGGUGAACUGGGCCCUUCUACCAUCGUUGGCAGUGCAGCUUUCAAUAUGUUUAUCAUCAUAGCCAUCUGUGUCUAUGUCAUUCCUGAUGGGGAGACUAGGAAGAUAAAACAUUUGAGAGUUUUCUUUGUCACAGCUGCAUGGAGCAUCUUUGCAUAUAUCUGGUUAUACAUGAUCCUUGCAGUCUUCUCUCCAGGUGUGGUUCAGGUAUGGGAAGGCUUGCUCACCCUGUUUUUCUUCCCUGUUUGUGUCAUCCUGGCUUGGAUUGCAGACAGAAGGCUGUUUCUCUAUAAAUAUAUGCACAAAAAGUACCGUACUGACAAACACAGGGGUAUUAUCAUUGAGACAGAAGGGGAUCACCCCAAAGGGAUUGAAAUGGAUGGUAAGAUGGUGAACUCCCAUUUUCUAGAUGGAAACCUAGUGCCUAUGGAGGGGAAAGAGGUGGAUGAGUCUCGCAAAGAGAUGAUCCGGAUCCUCAAGGACCUGAAACAAAAGCACCCAGAAAAAGACUUAGAUCAGCUGGUAGAAAUGGCCAACUACUAUGCUUUAUCCCACCAGCAAAAAAGCAGAGCAUUCUAUCGGAUUCAGGCUACCAGGAUGAUGACUGGAGCAGGAAAUAUUCUCAAAAAGCAUGCAGCUGAGCAAGCCAAGAGGAGUGCUAGUUUGCAUGAGGUACGGCCAGAGGAGCCAGAAGAAUUCAUCUCCAAAAUUUAUUUUGAUCCUUGCUCCUACCAAUGUCUUGAGAACUGUGGUGCUGUCCUCCUAACUGUUGUCCGGAAAGGAGGUGAUGUCUCCAAGACCAUAUAUGUGGAUUAUAAAACGGAAGAUGGCUCUGCUAAUGCUGGGGCUGACUAUGAAUUUACAGAAGGGACAGUUGUUUUGAAGUCAGGGGAGACCCAGAAAGAGUUCUCCAUAGGGAUCAUUGAUGAUGAUAUCUUUGAAGAGGAUGAGCACUUUUUUGUACGUCUCAGCAACCUGCGGGUGAUUGAUGCAGAGGACCCUCCUGAAAUCAACAAACUGCCAUAUCCCAAGGCCAUACUGGUUUCACCCUGUGUGGCUACUGUGACUAUCUUAGAUGAUGACCAUGCGGGCAUCUUCACCUUUGAGUGUGAUAUGAUACACAUCAGUGAGAGCAUUGGGGUAAUGGAGGUGAAAGUUCUUAGAACAUCUGGUGCACGGGGUACAGUCAUAGUCCCUUUUAGAACAGUUGAAGGGACAGCAAAAGGAGGCGGAGAGGAUUUUGAAGAUAGUUUUGGAGAGCUGGAAUUCAAGAAUGACGAAACUGUGUAA